AUGGGCAAGCCUCACGCCGCACGAUGGAGAUUACCAAGACCAGUUCAUUCUCGGGUCUCACGUAUUCGCGUCAUUGGCGCUCUCUUAGUUCUCUGGAUGGUAUGCCAACUUCACCUCUUCUCGGUAUAUCGGGAUGCACUAUCUGCCAAAUACGGGCCAACAGAGUUUGGCAUACUAGGCGCCGAGCAACACUAUCGACCAGACAGUGAGGCAGAGAAACUACAAGCAGAACUAGUUGCGAGCAGAUCUGAAUGGAAGAAGCUGGGAGCCGGGUUUGAAGGAACUACGUACGUGCUUAACGACACAGUCAUCAAGACCUUCACGCCUGGACGAAGCCCUUUCCGUAAUUGUCAUCCCAAACAUACAACUAUACGAUGGCCAACAGAGAUUCCUGCAUCACUUCUCUUUUGCAGUGGUAGUUCAGGUCGCAAUGCCACGUCUCGGGUGUCACGAAAUGCGCCAACGAUCGGCUGCCUUCCUGUAAAGGCAGCGUUCCAUACUGCAGCUGGCCCGGGGAUGAUCACACAAUGGCACUUGGUCAUGCCUCUUGCUCGCCAAGGUACGCUUAAAAGCUUGUCGAAGAACGUUCAAACUCAAAAUCUGGGAUUCCGCAUUUUAGACGCCCGAUACCGCGCAACCUUCCAUGAGCUUCUCCGCUCACUGCAGAUCUUACACGAAACUGGAUUUUGCCAUGACGACAUCAAGCCGGACAAUAUCUUCGUCGGGGAAAAACAAAGAUGGAUACUAGGCGACUUGGGCAACGUUCGACAUGUCUCUCAUCCAUACCACAAGUCUCGCAUCUGGUCAGAUAACAUGCAACUACCAGAUUGCCGCACGAACGAUGCAGUCCGCGCACUCAAAUCAUACAUUUUAUUCCUCCGCGCUUCUUCUAUUAAUGUGGAAGCCUUGGAUGAAGAACUCUUUUUGGGGAGGGAACCUCUCAGUAAACUAUUUCUGUGGAUGUUAGAUGAUGCGACGACGAUGACUGCUGAAGAGUUACGAGAACGAUCGAGUUUCAAGCAUCCAGCUCAGACAGUACAGGUUGAGGCUGUGCAUGCUGUGAGUAGUCGGCCAGCGUGGCCUAGUCUACUUCCUUACCUCUCGUUCAGAGGUCAAAGACUGUCGAGGAGGGUCAAGCACGCCCUGAAUUUGAGCAACAGUGAGAUGUUGGCAAGGUGGAAAGCUAUGACUUGGAUCUUCGGCAUUGAUCAAAGUGUCUGCUCUGGCAUGUAA